AUUUUUUAUAUUAAAAAUGACAUUAGUUUCUCUUGACCUGCGGUGCUGUUUCCAUCAUGGCGGGCAUGUUGAGCAUUGACGAGAUUGUAAUACAUUUAUUUGAGGUCCAGGGAUUAAAAUUUGGAAACUUCACAAUGAGGACUGGCGAGCAAACCCCAGUUUAUAUCGACAUGCGCGUAAUCUGUUCAUAUCCAAAACUGACGUCAUCCAUUUGUGAGUUGAUGUGGAAAGAAGUAGAGAGAGUGAAGAGUAAAUAUGACAUAAUAGUAGGUGUGCCAUACACAGCCCUGCCCUUGGCAUCUUACAUCUCCACAGCGUAUGAUGUCCCAAUGCUGUUGAAGAGAAAAGAGCAGAAGUCUUACGGAACAAAGAAAACUUUAGAGGGACAUUACAAAGAUGGGGAUCGUAUUUUGAUAGUAGAUGAUGUAGUGAUGACCGGAGGAGCACUGCUGGAAACAAUUGAUUACUUUGAACAAGAAGGACUUCCUGUUGCUGAUGUUGUGGCAUUCUUUGACAGAGAACAGGGAGGAGUUGAGAGAAUAAAAGCUCUUACUGGAACAAAUGUUUAUUGUGUUCUAACCAUCUCUAAGGCAUUUGAAGUGUUGGAGGCAGCAGGGAAGAUCUCCAGGGCCACCAUAGACACCACCAAAAGGUACCUGAGUGAUAACAGGUUUGAUGGGACAGCUUAUACCAGGAAUUUAGACAGUAAGAGAGAAAAUACGGGUUACUCCUCAGGGAAUAAGAAUAGACAGUUGCUCUCGUAUAAGUCCAGGGCAGAUAUAAGCAGCAAUCCAGUGGGGAGGAGGUUAUUUGAAAUCAUGGAUAUGAAGAAAACUAAUCUGGCACUCUCCGCAGAUCUCACAUCAACUGAUGCAAUAUUACAGUUUGCAGCAAAAGUUGGAUCAUGUAUUUGUAUCCUUAAGAUUCAUGCUGACAUUUUAGUGGACUUCAGUAGUGACUUUGUAGUAAAACUGAAAGAUCUGGCAAACAAUCUCAACUUCCUGAUAUUUGAAGAUAGGAAAUUUGCAGACAUAGGUAUAGUGAAGGAGCAAUAUGGGGGUGGUGCAUACAAAAUAGUGGACUGGGCAGAUCUGGUCAAUGCACAUGCGGUAGUGGGAGGAGCUAUGCUGGAGGAAUUGAAACAGGUUGGUUUGCCUAAAGGUAGAGCUGCUGUUAUGGUGGCUGAAAUGAGUGUCCAGGGAACACUAGCUAUGGGAGAUUAUUCAAUAUCAUGUAUGAACAUGGCAGAAAAGCACAAGGACUUUAUCAUAGGCUUCCAGUGUAGAUCCAAGUUAUCUGCAGACCCUGCCAUAGUACACAUGGUUCAUGGUGUAAAGCUGGAAGGAGGCAGUAGCGAUCUAGUACAGCAUUAUCUGACUCCAGCAGAAGCUAUAGGCAGCAAGGGUUUAGACAUCUUAGUGGUGGGGAGUGGAAUACUGCAAGCUCCAGAUCCCCUCCAGGCAGCACAGAUGUACCAGAAAGCUGGAUAUGAUGCCUACUUGGACAAUGUAUGCUGAUUAGGAAAUCAUUUACAACAAAUAAUGAUUACGUAGAUCUGAAUGCCAUUCGUGUAUUAAAUGAUGGUGGUGGAAGAGACUUUUAGUGAAAGUGUUGCAAUAUUCUAACAGAAGUACAGUAAUUACAUGAUCUUUUCAAUGGGCAAGACUUGUCAAACUUUCAGAUACAUAAUUUUAUAAUCACAUAAAUUAUAUUCCUAUAGAGCACUUGUUGCCUUAUUUGCAUAGAAUAGAACUAUAGAGUAUAGCCCGCUUUUCAAUUUCAUUCAGUAGGAAUGUUCAAAUUUUAAGAAAAUAAAAAGUGCAAUAUCUAUGAAAUUCACAAUUUUUCCCCCCAUUGAAAAGAUCAAGUUAUUACCAUAAUUGGACUGUUUCAGGGACUUAAUGCAGAUGGUAGAUGUUAUUUACUUGAGUGGCACAUAGAUUAAGUUGCAACUAGCUUUUGCCAAGGGAUCAAAUUUGCAAUCGAGACUCAAAAUGUUAUAUGAUAUCAUAAUCAAAUGUGUGUCAAAACUGACAACUUUUUUUGUUUUGAAGUACACA